ACAACAAAAAAAACUGUUUUUAUUGUUAUUCCCUAGGGAGCAACUGUGGCGACUUUCUUAAGUCAGGAUCAUCAGAGUGAAAAAAGAACAGUAGAAAUGCCUGACCUUCAAGAGUCAGAGAACGAGACAGAAGUCCAAACACGCGCAAUCAUAAAAAUAUCUACGGAAGAAUACACAGCUGUAAAUCCGACCGAAGUUAGAGAAUACGCCGUGUCCUACGUUCAAGAUAUAGUAAAGAAAGGAGUCGUUAUUGCAGAGAUCAAUGAAGAAAACGGUGUUCCUAGAUCAACUGAAGUACGAGAAUACGCAAUGUCUUAUGUCAAAGAUAUAUUAGCCCAGAGUGUCGCUAUCGCUGAGAAGCGGAUUGCAGUGACACACGAUUCUACCUCCCUGGAAGACAAGCGGAAAUUAUCCGGUCCCUGGUAUCAACGACUGCGUGUAUGCAUCAGAAAUUUUGGACGUCGUGUUUUUACGUGCACUGGUCGAAGGGACACAGAAGAAGGAAACUAAUAACACUGUUGUGAAAACAAUGUAUUUCGUUUUUAUGCGGGUUCAAUAAGAUACAUGGAAGCUACACAGUUUCGGGGUAAAAACAGAAACCGAUGUUCCCAAUUUGAUUAAUCCUUUGUGCUUCGUUUCGACUUAAAUCUGUUACUCCUUAUAUAUUUACAGACGUAAUUUGGAGGGAAAAUUAUUGCGUCAAGAUAAACGUACACAUACAUUGCAUUCCUUAAUAACACGCUUCAAUAUUUGCAUAUAUAUAAUCUUAUUUCAGCCAGACCUCAUAUUUAUAUCAACAUUUACUCACGUUUUCAGUCAGGUUAGGAAUUAGUUUAAAAACAAAACGAAACAUUUUCAACAAAAUACAAGUUUUUACCAAUUAUUUAAUCUUUCAGUUAUUCCAUUAUGUACGAAAUCUCGUAAGUUUACGUAUUUGUUAUCAAUAAUUUUUACUAUGACUUACUGAUUUAUAAGCGGUAUUUGUUCUAAAACAUUAUUUAAAGAAAGACACUGAUGUUAUUUAUUUCUGUAAGCUAUACAAUGUUAUGAAAAUGUUAAUGGCUUCCAAAACUGUCAUCUAUGCUAAGUGUAUGUGUGAGUAUGUAUGUAUGUAUGUAUGUGUGUAUGUCAGAGUGCCAAACCAUAUCAAACAAUGAUCAUCUUUUAUCUCACCUGUGUAGUUGCAGUUUUUGUAUUGACUGUCUGUUGUAUCAAAAUAUGACGUUUGAAUUGUGUGUAAUUUUUAACCAAUAAAAUGCUUUAUAAUAAAUA